GGAUAACCUUCCCCUCUAUGAUGUGAAUGAAUAGCAUUUUGGCUGGGGAAUCCACAGAAAAUUGACAAGGCAGGCUCCGCUCCCCUGCAUAGGCCUUUUCUACAUUUUAACCCUUGCUGUGGCUUUGUAGCAAUUUCAGUUUUGUAUUGAGAAGUGUUCUUUGGAUUAUCAGACCUCCAUGUAUGACAAUUUGUACCUGCAUGGAUUUGAAGACUCGGAAGCGGGAUCAGCAGAUUCAUACACAAGCAGACCAUCAGAUUCUGAUGUAUCUUUGGAAGAGGACAGAGAAGCAAUCCGCCAGGAGAGAGAACAGCAAGCAGCUAUUCAGCUUGAAAGGGCAAAGUCUAAACCUGUAGCGUUUGCAGUUAAGACUAAUGUGAGUUACUGUGGCGCACUGGAUGAAGAUGUUCCUGUCCCAAGCACUGCCAUUUCUUUUGAUGCCAAGGACUUUUUGCACAUUAAAGAGAAAUAUAAUAACGACUGGUGGAUAGGAAGGCUGGUUAAAGAGGGCUGUGAGAUUGGCUUCAUUCCAAGCCCACUUCGGCUGGAGAAUAUCCGAAUUCAGCAAGAGCAGAAGAGAGGACGUUUCCAUGGCGGGAAAUCAAGUGGAAAUUCUUCUUCGAGUCUUGGAGAGAUGGUGUCUGGAACGUUUAGAGCUACACCCACUUCCACAGCAAAACAGAAACAAAAAGUGACGGAACAUGUUCCUCCUUAUGACGUAGUGCCAUCCAUGAGGCCCGUUGUGUUAGUUGGCCCAUCGCUGAAAGGUUAUGAGGUAACAGACAUGAUGCAGAAAGCCUUGUUUGACUUCCUGAAGCACAGGUUUGAUGGGAGGAUAUCAAUAACUAGAGUGACAGCCGACAUUUCUCUUGCUAAGAGGUCUGUCCUAAAUAAUCCGAGCAAGAGGGCAAUAAUUGAGCGGUCGAAUACCAGGUCCAGUUUAGCUGAAGUGCAGAGUGAAAUUGAAAGAAUCUUUGAGUUGGCAAGAUCCUUACAGCUGGUUGUCCUAGAUGCGGAUACUAUCAAUCAUCCAGCACAACUUAUUAAGACAUCUUUAGCACCGAUUAUUGUCCAUGUUAAAGUGUCAUCUCCAAAGGUUUUGCAGCGACUGAUUAAAUCCAGAGGAAAGUCACAAAGUAAACACUUAAAUGUUCAGUUGGUGGCAGCUGAUAAACUUGCACAAUGUCCACCAGAAAUGUUUGAUGUCAUUUUGGAUGAAAAUCAGCUUGAGGAUGCAUGUGAACAUUUGGCCGAAUAUCUAGAGGCAUACUGGCGUGCUACACAUACCACCAGUAGCACACCUAUGACUCCUCUUCUUGGAAGAAACCUAGGAUCGACUGCACUUUCACCAUACCCUACUGCAAUCUCUGGAUUACAGAGCCAGCGUAUGAGACAUAGCAACCACUCUACUGAGAACUCUCCAGUUGAACGAAGAAGUCUAAUGACCUCUGAUGAAAAUUAUCACAAUGAAAGGGCUCGGAAGAGCAGGAACCGCUUGUCUUCCAGUUCCCAACACAGCCGAGAUCAUUACCCCCUUGUGGAAGAAGAGUACUCUGACUCUUACCAGGACACUUACAAAUCCCAUAGGAACCGAGGAUCGCCUGGAGGAUAUAGCCAUGAUUCACGACAUAGGCUUUGAGUUUAAGAACCUGGGGAAAAAUAGUAUUCAUUAGCUGACAACUUGCCAUAACAUAGCUAGGAAAAACAAAUCAUCUUAAUUUAGCAGGUGUAACACGGUUUUACUGUAGUUACAAGCUGCUGCCAUUUGAUGCUUAAAAAAAGGGAGGAGGGGAAGAAAUUCACCAUGCCCUGAUGUUUAGGAGGAAAUUAGCUUGCCCAAUCAUAUUGGAUUUUUUUUUUAGUACAGCAUUUGCAUUUAUAGCAGUUCCUUUUUUCCUCGUUAGAUAUUCAACACAUCAGUUUGUAAUUUAGGGUACUUAUCAAGGCACAUAUAAAACAAUUUCCUAUGCUGGAAAUUCCAAAUGACCAGUUCCAGUUGGAACCAAUUUAUAAACCAAUUCUUGUUGGAAUUUGGGUGAACUGACUGGAAAGUCAACUUGAACAAGUUGCCAUCAAUUGUAAAAAAAAGUGCAGAUGAA